UGCUCUCUCUCUAGCCUCGACAGAAGGGUUUGGGAGCGUUGUGAAGAUGGCCGCGCGCAUCGCUAGCAGAAAGCGGACGUAAACUCAUGUCAGUAUAAUAUUCACCUGCCUAACCACGCGUCAGCAAUGGUUUUACGCGUGCUUUUACGAUACCUGCUUCACAACGAGCAGCUAAUUCAAAGGCUUGCAGAUUCGUAUCCUUUCAGACGUGCCGCACAGCUCACUGCUCACGUAAUGCUGCGUGGGAAAGCGCUCGGGCAGGAAAGCCUUGAGCUGAUGUCAACAUCUAACCUCCUGAGAGCACUCAUUGAAAGGAUCGGACGAACAACUGAGAAAGCAAAGGAUAUUUCAUCGGAUAAAGUGAGAAAGUUAGAGGAGGCCAUAAAGGAAAUGAAGAGGAAACAAGGGCUCUAGGAACUACCUUCAGUGAUUUGCCUGAUAUUGACUUUUGUAACUGAUGUAGGUUAUACUGUACAUAUAGGAGCCAAAGGUAUGACUAGCAAAUAAAAAAUUGACAUUUCCUU